UCUGUGUUUGUGUUUCUGUUUUUGCAGAGAGAGGCAGAGAGGGUUCAGUGCUGGCAGGUUGACUCCAUCUCUACCUCCGGUUUACCAAACACCUGCAUACUUGAAUUCACCGUCUCGUCUGGCAUGGAGGAGCGAGAAGACAGAGAAGGAGGAGAAGGAGGAGGAGGAGGAUACCACCGGGCAGCCAAGCGGCUCCGGACAGAAGAGGAGGCCGGCGGAGAGGAGCUGGAGGACGGGGAGGAGGACUCCGCCGAGGAGGAGGAGGAGGAGGCAGCAGCGGGGAGCGGUGGCACAGAGAGCCGGAGCCGGAGUAGCGGCGGUGGCACAGAGAGCCGGAGCCGGAGCAGCGGCGGUGGCAUAGAUAGCAGGAGCCGGAGUAGCGGAGGGAAGGACGGUGUGGAGGACAGUCACCGCAUCCCCCCGUCCCCGGUCGUCCACGUCCGAGGGCUCUGUGACGCCGUGGUGGAGGCUGAUCUGGUGGAGGCGCUCGACAAGUUCGGCAACAUCUGUUACGUGAUGAUGAUGCCGUUUAAGCGUCAGGCUCUGGUAGAGUUCGACAGCGUGGAGAGCGCCGAGCGCUGCGUGUCGUGUGGAAACAGUGAGGCGGUCUGCAUCGCGGAGCAGCAGGCCUUCUUCAACUUCUCCACCAGCCAGAGAAUCACCCGACCGACCAACGCAGACGACCCCACCAGCGGAAACAAGGUUCUGCUGCUGUCCAUCCAGAACCCGCUGUACCCCAUCACCACCGAUGUUCUGUACACCGUCUGUAACCCCGUCGUUAACGUCCUGCGUAUCGUCAUCUUCAAACGCAACGGCAUCCAGGCCAUGGUGGAAUUUGAGUCAGUGGAGGACGCUCAGAAGGCCAAACUGGCUCUCAACGGAGCCGACAUCUACGCCGGCUGCUGCACGCUCAAGAUCGAAUACGCUCGGCCCAACAGACUGAACGUCGUCCGCAAUGAUAACAGCAGCUGGGAUUACACCAAACCCUUCCUCCUGCAGCGAGAGCGGGGAAAGGGGAGGCAGCGCCAGGCCAUCCUAGGAGAGCAUCCAUCCAACGGCUACGGUCCACACUGCCCCCUGCUGCCUCUGCCUGCUAACAGCAGGUACAGGAGGAGCAGUGAGGAGGUGCAGGACAUGAUCUCCUACCCGCUGCUCCUCCGUAAAACUUCCCCCUCCUCCUCCUCUUCCUCCUCCUUCCUGGGCCACGCCGCCUCCAGCUCAGUCGCCAUGGUGAGCGGCCUCCAUCCCACCAAAAUGAACUGCAGCCGCAUCUUCAACCUCUUCUGUCUCUACGGCAACGUGGAGAAGGUGAAGUUCAUGAAGAGUGUUCCUGGCACGGCAUUGGUGGAGAUGGGGGAUGAGUACGCUGUGGACCGAGCUGUGACUCACCUCAACAGCAUCAAAGUGUUUGGCAAAAAACUCAACGUCUGUGUGUCCAAGCAGCAGGCGGUGAUUCCCAGUCAGGUGUUUGAGCUGGCCGACAGCAGCAGCAGCUACCAGGACUUCAGUCUGACCAGAAACAACCGCUUCAGCAGCUCACAGAGCAGCAGGAACAUCAUCCAGCCGCCUGCCGCCGUCCUGCACUUCUACAACGCCCCGCCCACCCUGAGCCAACACCAGCUGCACAAGCUCUGUACUGAACACAACGUUCCCAACUUCACCAAGUUCAAGGUCUUCGAUGCUAAACCAGCCAGCUCUAAGACUCUGUCUGGUCUCGUGGAGUUUGACGGUAAAACUGAAGCUGUGGAGGCUCUGACCGUCCUCAACCACCACCAGAUCAGAAUACCCAACAGCUCCAACCCCUUCACCCUGAAACUCUGCUUCUCCACCUCCUCCCAUUUGUGAGCCAGAAACAAGAUGUCCUCCAGGACCAACCAGAGAGGAAAUGUUAAAAGAGGAAAUAAUGGACAGAAGAUGUGAGUUUUUCCAGUGAGGUGUUUGAAUGGAUGAUUUUUUUUGUGUCUUGUUUAUUUGAGCAGGAAGUGACGAAGUCGUGACGAGGCAUUUUGAAGAAGAAAAGCACCUUAAUGACUGUGCAAUGAACUUAAUGAGUAACCGUCUUUUAAAACAUGUCGGCAGCCUGAGAGGAAAUGUUCUGCUGACGCUGAAAUGUGAACAGACUUUCCUUCCACCAGAACAGUUAAACCACACAUGAGAAAUCAAAUCAAUAAAUUACUUUAUCCUCCA